AUGGCCGAGCGCGGCCGCCCAAACGUGCUCGUGACCGGAACCCCGGGCGUCGGGAAGACCACCUUCUGCGACGGCCUUGCGCAGGCCACGGGGCUGACUCACCUCGAGGUCGGCAAGCUCAUCAGGGAGAAGCAGCUGUACAGGGAGUGGGACGACGAGAUGGACUGCAGCAUCUUCGACGAGGAGCUGGUUCUGGACGCGCUGGAGCCCCUCCUGGAGGAGGGCGGGCAGAUCGUCGACUUCCACUCCUCCGGCUUCCUUCAGGACGACUGGUUCGACCUGGUGGUGGUGCUCAGAGUGGAGACGGAGACCUUGUACGGCCGGCUCGAACGCAGGCAUUACGGCGAGGCAAAGAUACGCGAGAACGUGGAGGCGGAGAUCUUCCAGACGUGCCUCGACGAGGCGAGGGAGGCGUUCGAGGACAGCGACGUGCGGAUCAUGGAGAUCCACCACGACACCCAGGAGCAGCUCGAGGCGGGCAUCUGCCAAGUCCAGGAGAUUCGUCAUCGGGUUCUCCCCGACGUGAAUCCAGCGGGCCCUCGCGCAGAUCGGCUUCUUGCCGAACCGGGCGGCGGGUGCGGAACACGGCGGCGUUCGACCGCUGGCAUUCGCGCUGCGGUGUCACGUCAGUCGCGUGAGUCUCCUCGAUCGUUCAACUUGUGGGAGGGCACGUUAUUGAUGUCGAUGCCCGUCCCUCGUCGCCACAGCUGGGUUCGCUUACAACUCCUGUUCAGAGCGGAUCCAGGGAGAAGUGCGGAAACCAGAGUUAUCGGCAUCUGUCUGUCUCUCCCUUAG